GCUUAAGUGUAGAAGAAUUUAAAAGUAAAGAAGGGGAGACAGAUAAAUGGAUGGCAGUAAUACAUGACUUAGAAGGUGAGCCCUUACCAGGAAGCCUAAAGAAAACUGUUUUGCCUAACUUUGAGUUAGAUGAAGGUCUGUUGUAAACUGGCAAAAAGCGUAAUGAUGGCAGUAUCUGCUAUAGUAUAGUUGUACCUAAAGAAUGAAGAGCUAAAGCAUGUAAGCUUUGACAUGAAAGGGGUUGGACAUAUGAGUAUCAUAAAAACAAUAAAUGAUUGUGAAGGUUUCUUUUUGGCAUUGGGAAACCUCUUUGACAGUCAGUUGGUAAUUUCCCUCGGAUAACAGGAGGUCUAGAGAGGAUGAGUAUUGAUGUAACAGAUGUGAAAAAUGGUGGAGACGGUCAUAGAUAUAUCCAGGUGUAUAGACCAUCAUUCCUGUUACGUAAAUCUUUAUCCAAUGAGAGGGAAAUCAGGUGGGAAGGUGAUGGCAAAGCUGAGAAAGUACAUGACAGCAUAUGGCAGUCCAGAGAAGCUUGUUAGUGACAAUGGGUGUGAAUUCCAAAACCGAGAGAUGGAAAGUUUAUGCAAGGAGGCAGGGAUCACUGAGCACUUGAUCACUCCAUACCAGCCUCAGAGCAGUGGUGUGGUAGAAAGAGUGGCUGGCUCAAUUAAACCCAUUAUUUGUGCUUUAGGAAGAGGGUUCUGGUAUCAGUGGGCCAAAUAUUUGAGUUGGUGUGCCAGGAGCUUAAAUGAAUGGGUACACAGUACCACAGGAAGUACUCCUUAUUGGGCAUUCUUGAAAGGUCAUCGUAAAAAGUACAUGGAGUUUAGGGUGCCAGAUCUUCCGUCAGACGAGGAAGGUUUGGAAUUGGCAGAGGACAGUAUGAAAGAAGAGCGGGACAGAGCACUAAAGACGUACUCACUCACAAAACGAAAAUGUGAAAAUUCAAAACAGGAAUGUGAAGUGUGGGUUUUAGUGUGGGUAAAGAGAGAAGUGUUUGAUCCGUAUACCUGGUAA